AUGUGGUCCAACUUCUUCAUACAGCAGGAUGAGGAUGGUCGUAUCGGGGUGGCAGGGGCUGUCCAAGGUGGGGGUUUAGCUGGGAUAAAAGGUGGAAGGGGACAGAGGAGGACCCAGAAGAUGAGUGACAGCCAGGAGGGAAAGAUCAAGCUGGCCUUCUUUGUGUCUAUCAUUGGAGUGACCCUGACAGUGUUGGGCAUGGGGACAGAGUUUUGGGUGGAGCUGGCUCAACCAAAGAAUUUCAGCGGCAACCAGACAUGCCAGAUGGCCCAUUACGGCCUGUGGAAGGGCUGCGUCCGCACCCUAUGGGUGUCCGACAUAGACCCAGAAAGGACGAGCUGUGGCCCUGCUGAACUACCUGGAGAAACCAACUGCACCUACUUCAAAUUCUUCACCUCUGGGGAGAAUGCAGUCAUAUUCAAGAAGACAACUAACAAGAAGCUCAAUCUAGCAGCAGCUAUCUUGGCCCUUUUGAGUCUGACCAUGAUGGUAAUGGGCUCCAUCUGUAUCGCCAUGUCCCUCAGCAAAGGAGUACCCUUCUUUCUCAAGCCAGCCUCCUUCUGUUUCAUCCUAUCAGGUGUACUGGUCCUUCUCUCCAUCCUGAUAUUCCACCAGUCUGUGCUGUCCUUGCUGUCCAGUGACCACUCCAUACCUCUACACCAUGAGCUCUCAUGGUCUGUGGCCUGUGUGGGCUCGGCGGGAGCCAUCCUUAUUUUUGGUGGAUUCCUCUUCAUUAUCAUCUCCCUUCCUUUCAGCCCCUGGCAGAAAUGCUUGCCACACAAUAAUAGCACCACCUAG